AUGAUGGGUAGCAUACUCGCGCGAUUUAAAAAAAAAAAAGAUACAAAAGCAGUUUUGGAAUCAUUAGAAGAUGAAAUUAUGUAUAUCGAAAACAUGACUUCAAAUACUUCACCGAUAAAUUAUUAUAAAAUAGUGUUCCAUUCAGCUCUCAUGUAUGGAUUUAUUUAUAUACUUUUUUAUUUUGGUAUAAUUCCUUAUGAACUGUUCAAAAAUAACUAUAUCAUGGCUGUUUUUGCAGCAUAUCCAAUCAUAGCUCUUUACUAUUAUAAAUUUGAUGUUUGGUAUUAUAAUCGAAAAAUAGUAACAUAUAAAAAAAAAUUAAUAGAAUUAAAAUCUGUAAAGAAAAAACUACUUGAUGAGGUAAUGGAAAAAGAAACAUUUAAAGUAGCGAAAGAAAUUUUAGAAAAAUAUGCUCCUCAUCAACUUCAAUCCAUGACCUCUCAAAACUUUAUUAAUCAAAGAGCACUUCCGUCUACAAGCAAUAGGCCAACCUAUGGUUCUUCUGGUAGACCAUUGGUUAGGGCAUCGGAUAUGGGUCAUCCACCAUCAAUAAUGUCAUCAGCACUUAAGCCAAGGUUAGCUCUUCCAAGGCCAGUACUCUCAAGGGAUCGUACAAUAUUUGAUCGUUUAGCUGAUAAAGUUCUUGGUGAUGGACCUCAAAAUCGAUAUGCAUUAAUUUGUAGAACAUGUGGUUCUCAUAAUGGAAUGGCUCGUAAAGAAGAAUUUGACUUCUUAGCAUACAGAUGUGCAUAUUGUUCUCAAUGGAAUCCAUCUCUUAAGCCUAGACCUCAGUUGGCAAUUAGUUAUGACAACAAUGCAUUAACGCAAAACGGCUGUGUUACAUCUACUGAAUCUAUAGAAGAAAUAAAUGAUGAAAUAUCAAAAAGUGAUUCAGACACAAAUGAGAGUGAACAUUCUGAGCAUAAACAUAACCAUUUAAUAAUUAAUGAUUCCGGUCCCACGAUUGAAGAAGUGGAGGAUCCACCAUCAUCAUCACAUAAUUCAAAUUCUAAAACUGAAGACCAAGUAGAAUUAAAAGAUAACUAUACAUCAGUAGCUGAAGAAUCGUUAUAA